AUGACGCCGUUGUUGUUGGUGCAGGCGGCGCAGGUUUACGAGCAGCAUUUGGUAUUGCUUCAAGGGCUAAUGGCAUUCUUCCUCUCUUCGUUUAUUGACAAUGGUGAAGGUCUCGCCGAAGCUGGUUUCAAUACAGCAUGCAUCUCAAAGCUGUUUCCCACACGAAGUCAUACAGUGGCGGCGCAGGGCGGCAUCAAUGCUGCGCUAGGAAACAUGCAUGAGGACGAUUGGAGAUGGCACAUGUACGAUACGGUUAAGGGAUCGGACUGGUUAGGCGACCAGGACGCCAUCCAUUACAUGACCCGCGAAGCGCCACGAUCCGUCAUCGAACUCGAAGGGUACGGAUGCCCAUUCUCUCGAACCGAAGAUGGUCGGAUAUACCAACGUGCUUUUGGCGGACAAUCGCAAAAAUAUGGGAAAGGCGGACAGGCAUACAGAUGCUGCGCCGCUGCUGAUCGAACCGGUCAUGCUCUCUUGCACACGCUCUACGGCCAAUCCCUCAAUUACAACACCAACUAUUUCAUUGAAUUCUUCGCAUUGGAUCUGCUGAUGGAGGACGGUGUCUGCAAAGGUGUCAUUGCAUACAACCAGGAAGAUGGCACUCUCCACCGAUUCAAAGCGCAAAACACUGUCCUCGCAACAGGCGGUUAUGGUCGCACAUACUUCAGCUGCACCUCCGCGCACACGUGUACUGGCGAUGGUAUGGCGAUGGUUGCACGUGCAGGUCUGCCGAACCAGGAUCUCGAAUUCGUCCAGUUUCACCCGACUGGUAUAUACGGAGCCGGCUGCUUGAUCACCGAGGGGUCUCGUGGUGAAGGUGGUUAUCUCCUCAACUCUGAAGGUGAACGAUUCAUGGAACGCUACGCACCGACUGCAAAGGAUCUCGCUUCUCGAGACGUGGUAUCUCGAUCAAUGACGAUGGAAAUUCGCGAAGGUCGUGGUGUCGGACCUGAGAAGGAUCACAUCUAUCUUCAGCUCAGCCAUUUGCCUGCAGAGGUUCUCCAUGAACGACUCCCAGGAAUCUCAGAGACAGCCUCGAUCUUUUCCGGUGUUGACGUCACGAAACAACCGAUCCCUGUUCUGCCCACUGUGCACUACAACAUGGGCGGUAUCCCAACUAAAUACACCGGUGAAGUUCUCCGUCUCGACGCCCAAGGCAAGGAUGAAGUCGUUCCCGGACUAUUCGCCUGCGGUGAAGCUGCAUGUGUCUCAGUCCACGGAGCGAACCGCUUGGGCGCUAAUUCUUUGCUUGAUCUGAUCGUCUUUGGGCGAGCCGUCUCUCACACCAUCCGUGACAACUUCACACCGGGUCAGACGCAAAAAGAACUGGCUGCCGACGCAGGGGCGGAGUCAAUCAACGUCUUGGACAAGAUCCGAAACUCCGACGGUCCCAAGAGCACCGCAGAAAUUCGACUUGCCAUGCAAAGAACCAUGCAGACCGACGUCAGUGUCUUCCGAACACAGGAGUCGUUGGAUGAAGGUGUGAAGAAGAUCACCGAGGUUGAUCAGAUGUUCGACCAGGUGGGCAUUAAAGAUCGAAGCAUGAUUUGGAACUCGGAUCUUGUGGAGACGCUCGAGUUGAGAAAUUUGUUGACGUGCGCAACCCAAACCGCAACUGCGGCGGCGAACCGCAAGGAAUCCCGCGGUGCCCACGCUCGUGAAGACUACCCUGAGCGUGACGACGAAAACUGGAUGAAGCACACACUUUCAUGGCAGAAGACGCCACACGGCAAAGUCGAGUUGGGUUACAGGGCGGUCACUAGCCACACGCUUGAUGAGAAUGAGUGCAAGUCUGUCCCGCCUUUCAAGCGAACAUAUUAA